AUGCUUGAUCAACGCUACCACGGCAUCAAUCCGCCUGAAAUGAUGGUUCGAGCCCGUAGGAUUAUGGACCAUUAUAAUAGCGCUCUUGCUGUCCUGACCAGCAAGGAUGUCGAGCCACUUGACCUCUACCUCUCACCUCUGCUUGCCUGGAUCAUUGAAAUCAUGGUCAAUAAUCCCCAAACUGCCAUCAUGCACAUCAAGCACUCGCGAAAAAUGCUUGAAGGUCUUGAGCCGAAACCUCACAACUCGAAUGAUACACAAGACAUCGUUCAGGAUUUUGUCAAGGACACACAGAGGUUCUGUUCGGGCUUCACCUCCACGUCCGCGGCGUGCGCCGGAAUUCUCAGCAGCGAUCCGUGCUCGAUCUUCCAGACAUUAAACGUGCGGCAGCAAAUCAGUCCAGAGACCCCAACCGAGGAGGUUCGCCAAGCCAUCUAUAAGUAUGCAACGAGUCUCGAUAGCGAUGGACAGACAAAGUUCCCCUUCAAAGAAGCACUCGAGUACCUCCGCCAUUGGGAGUCCCAUACUCUUGUGACCCGAUACGUAUACCGCGAGGCACGCGAUACAAUUGUUGCAACCCAUUUUCUUAUCGCAACGGCAACAACUCUCCUCACAGCCCCAACCGAGCGCAGUCAGGAUACAUUCAAUCGCCAAAAAGAGGCAUGGGAGUAUCUGCUGGUGAAGCUAGAAGACUGUCUCGAUGUGGAGGCUCUCGACGAGAAGAAUCGCCAGGGCCUGGAAGACGCUGUGGCCUUUGCCCUCAGUCUAAUCGCGAGGUUUGCAAAGUGCGAAAAUUUUACGGCAAAGGCGAUCGAGCUCAUGGGCAGGACAAGUCCGAGCAAGCAGACAGGCCUGUAUUGGAUGAGCUGGAUGAAGAGGAGUUCAAACGGCCGAAGUGGGAACGGCUUUGUUGAGGACAAUAGUGCGAGUAGCAGUAGCGGUAGUGAAAGAGACACAUACGGAACUAGGGAGACGAGCGUGAUCAGCGAGGCACUGACGCCCGCCUGGGCAAGUCGCGAUAGUGGUUCUCCAGCAGUGACGAUCAGAUGA